UUAAACACGUUCAAGCUGGACUGAUAACACCAUCCGUGAAUUUUUUUUGGGCCCAAUAUUUUCCGGCUAACCAAAAGAAAGAAAAAAACAGAAAAAUAAAAAUUGAAUUUCUAUUUCCAUCUCUCUCCCUUUUCGUCUCCUUCGCAAACCCACCGAGGAAAUCCUCAGCUAGGGUAUUUGAACCGUUCCGAGCUCGUUUCGACCCAGACUCCAUGACCAGGAGCCUCUCCUAAAGAGUCUUAUAGCGCUCAAACUUCAGAAAGGUUUGAUUACUGAAACGUGCUUGGUUGAUACUUUGAAAAAAUAUUUUCAUAGUUGAGUCUUUGAGUGAAAGAAAAUCAUGUCUGGAAGAAAUCGUGGACCGCCUCAUGCUGGACUUCCCCCCCAGGUCCAUGAACCAUUUGGAAGAGGACUUGGGCCGAUGCCCCAUCCAGCAUUACUCGAGGAAAUGAGAGAAUCCCAGCUUGGAAUGGGUCCCAGACCACUUCCCCCUCACCCUGCUAUAAUUGAGGAGCAUCUUGCGGCUCAACAUCAAGAUAUCCAAGGUCUUCUAGUUGGUAACCAAAGGCUUGCUGCAACCCAUGUUGCACUAAAGCAGGAAUUGGAAGCUGCCCAAUAUGAGUUGCAGCGGAUGGUUUACCAUGUUGAUUCACUGCGGGCAGACAAGGAUGUUCAAAUGAGAGAUUUGUAUGAGAAGUCUGUUCGUUUGGAAGUGGACCUUCGUGGAGUGGAGGCUAUGCGGGCUGAGCUUCUUCAGGUUCGUGCUGAUAUCAAGGAGCUCACUGCAGCGAGGCAGGAGCUCUCGGGCCAGGCACAAGCAAUGACACAAGAUUUGGCUAGAAUCACUGCUGAUUUGCAACAGGCACCAGCUUUGAGAGCAGAAAUUGAAGCUAUGAAACAGGAAUUGCAACGGGCUAGAGCUGCCAUUGAGUAUGAAAAGAAAGGAUAUGCAGAGAAUUAUGAGCAUGGCCAGGUGAUGGAAAAGAAUUUGAUAUCGAUGGCUAGGGAGCUAGAGAAACUUCGUGCAGAAAUUGCAAAUACUGAGAAAAGAGCACGAGCUGCCGCUGCUGUUGGAAAUCCAGGUGUAGGUUACAAUUCAAAUUAUGGAAACCCUGAAGCAGGAUAUGCAGGAAAUCCCUAUCCUGCCAGCUAUGGCAUGAAUCCCGUACAGGGUGGUGCUGAAAGUUUUCCUCAAUAUACACCAAUGCCUGGUUCAUGGGGUGCAUAUGAAAUGCAGCGAGCUCAGGGACAUAGAUAAACUUAUUCAUCCGUGAUACCGAGCUGUGUUCUGACCGGUAUCUUGGCUGCAGCGUAUUAGACACUUAGGUCUGUGAUUGAAGUGUUAUCUCAUAGUAGACAUUUUGGAAAACUUUCUUGUUUAUUUGGUCAUUAGUAACUGUACCUAAACAUAUCACACAUCAUAUUACCUUGAUGGUGCAGUACACUAUUCAUAUGUGGCGUUCUAUGAUGCAAAUAUUUGCACUAUCUUCCCUAAAUGCAUUUCAUUAUGAUCUCAAUGUUUCUUGUUCUUAUUUAUAUAAAAUUUGCUGCCUAUCGUAUAUAAAUA